UGAAUUUGAAGCAUCCAGAUUGAUCCUUUUACAAUUAACCCAUGCUUUUCUUUCUUUGAUGGGUCAAAAUGCCUCUUUUAUAAGUAAGAAAAACAUAAGAAGACAUUUAAUUGUUUACAGACAUUUAAUUGUUUAAGGUUUGACAUCAUGUUUAUCCUCAGAAUGACAGCUAGUGUAGUAAGCAGUGAGAAUGGGCACUGACUGGAAAUCAAGCAAAAGGCAGUGAUCUCUGCAGAAGCUGUUCACUUGUGUCAUUUCAGGUUUACAGGAGCUGUGAUCUUCUAACAAACCUUUUUCACUGACCUUGAACAAGUAAGAUAAAGCUUGACAUAAAUAAAUAUGCAAUUCUGUACAGAAUCACUUAAUCUUGCAUCUUUGUGUUACUGGUUAUAAGGCAUGUUUUUAUUUGGGGCUUUCAGUGUUUGGGCACUUUUCCUGGUGACAUCCACUGCAAAAACAGCCAUCCUAACAGUGUCGUUCAACAGGUUCAAGGGGAUAUAACUUUUGAAGUAGCAAAAGUCAUACUUGGGUGGAAGGGAGGGAGAAAUGCUAUACAUAAAUAUGUUACUCAUAUAUUCUUCCUUAUUUUAUUUAUUUAUUUGUUUGUUGCAUUAAUCCACACCACAAAAAGAUAAUUGCAUUGUCUCUCCCGCCACUGUACACUGCUCAGAAUACAUUAGUCAGCUUGGCAGACGUUCACCAAAUGUGUGGACGCAUCAGAUGAAAAGGUGGACUGAGGCCUAUAAAUACGGCUGCCUGAGUGUCCGGUGAGCCAGUGUUUAAAUCCUGCUGUACCACCUGAGGAUCUCAGCCCGAACCUCUCUGAAUUCACUCCUGCGAGCGGUGUUUCAUUGUUGCCGUCCGGUGUUUCUUUUAUGGAAAGAAGCGCCCACAGCGAAAUAUUUUGUCCUCGUCGCUUCAAGUACGAAUUAAUCGCGUCCACGCUCUAUUAACAUGUCGUUUCCCUGUGCGUAAAAUGCCGCGCUUAGUGCGUCCUGGCGCGGACGAUUGCUUGGAAAAUGUGCGGUGUCUGUCGCGUUUCCUUCACGCCCCGCUGCUGUGGGUCGGUGCUGAGCAGGAGUGGCAUCUCGGCGACAAAAUCUGGAUGAAAGAGCGUCCUUUAGAGCUCAGGCAUGCAUCGAGAAGUGAGAUCAUUGGCGUUAUAAAUAUCCCCGUGCCAACAGAACCACUCCAGCUACUGCAGCCGGGGUAAUGCCUAGGAGCGCUGCAGGCAGUGCGUGCGCACGGUUUCUGGUGCUCAGAUCUCAGGAGCGACACCAAAAUGCUAGAAGUAGCCUUGCGGGUGUCUCCUUUUUGAAAGAAUGAAUGUUCCUCUUUACCUUCUGACCUUCGCUCACUUGAUUUGCACCGCUGUGGGAGCACAGCACGUUUCUUUGGAGCGCCAACUUCUGGAGGAGGGGAUCCGUUCGGGACGCAGGACUUGCAGACUCUACUGUAGGGUUGGCAUCGGCUUCCAUCUCCAGAUUCAUCCCGACGGUAGAGUCAACGGCAGCCAUGAGCCCAACCAGCUGAGUGUCCUGGAGCUCUUUGCGGUUUCUCAAGGGGUCAUCGGUAUCAAAGGGGUCUACAGUAACAGAUUCCUGGCCAUGAAUAAAAGAGGACGGCUCCACGCAACUGAACGGUUCACAGAUGACUGUAAGUUCAGGGAACGUUUCCAGGAGAACAGCUACAACACUUAUGCCUCAGUAAUCCACAGGAACCACAGGACAGGUCGCGAGUGGUUUGUGGCCCUUAAUAAGAGGGGGAAAGCUAAAAUGGGCUCCAGCCCCCGGGUCAAAUCCCAACAUGUCUCUACCCACUUCUUGCCCAGGGUCAGCCUGCACGAUAAGGGUGAGCAAGGCUUCACCAUCACAGACAGGAGCAAAGAGAGGAGGAAAACCGCACUCCCACCACCUCCAAAGCCACCCGCGGCGAAGGCAAACAUCCAAGCAGGAACCACACCGAGGCAUACGCAAGUCAAGUACUGGCCUAAGUACAGGUUUGGAUAGGUUUAUAGAAAUUGGACAAAUGGACGUACCCCAUAAACUGACAAUGGUUAUUUAUCACAUUCAAAGCAUUCCAGGUGUCUAUGAACUGUGUGAAAAACCUCAAAGGGCUGCCAGGUACAACUGCUGAGCUUUUCUUUUUUGAAGCUAUGACAAUCGCUGGAUGCUGUGUUGAAGUUAACGAUGCUCUGUCACGUUUUACGUCAUCAUCCAUGUACAUACCGCUGAAGCUGAAAUCCAUAACGUUAUAAAUAUUCUUGAUGAGGAGUAUUUGACAGAGAGUCUUCCAGUUUGUUCUGCUGUCUUGCUAGAAUAAGAAUGAUGCUCUUAAUCUUGCAGUAAUGACACUACCCUCCCUACUCCUGCUCCUUUUCUUGUUUGGCUAAACAAAAAGGAUUUCGUUCAGGACCACUGGUGGAAAGGAGAUUAUUUCUGUCUGCAGUAAUGUAUUUUUGUUCUAGACUGCCCCACCCAUCCAUGUGUCCAGGUGGAAAGCAUAAGGCAAUGUUGCCUGCCUCCUCAUCUUUCUAUGUUCAUAUAUGGAAAGCUAGAAGUAACAGUACCAAGAACCCUUCAUGCAGAACAGCAAUGACAACUGAUCUGAGACUCCCUGAGUCAGAUGUGACGUGAAAGGAAAAGCUGAGGUUGCUAACUGAUCUGCCAGUAUCGCAGCUUGACAACAUGCUAUGAUUGAUUAUGACUCGAGUGAGGACUACAUAGUCUUGUUUUGUUUUGUCAAAUGAUAAAUAAAAUGAUGGUCAAAUCAAGCUGGCGAAACACCAUUGUGACUUUUCAGUCAUAAAUUCUUUGUAUGGGGGCCUUCUAUUAUUUUUCUAAUAAAAAAUGUCAUUUCAGAGGAAAAUCAUUUAAAUUUUGCAAUUAUUUUAUUAAAUUAUGUUGUGUCCAAUUUUAUUAGGCCAAAAAAGGGUAGCUCAAAGUCAAAUCUGAAAAUGUAAUGUUUUAUAUUAUGUCUAAAAUUAGCAGGGAGGUGACACAACUAAUUCAUGAAUGUGACAAAAAUAUAAAGCAGAUAAUGGAUUUCAGCUUUAAACACAAAAAAAUAAUGAGGUCAUGAAUGUUUUCUUGUUGGUUAAAUCACACAUGCUGUUAUCACUUUUUGAUGUAAUCUGUAUUUUUAAGCCACUUUUUCAGAUAUAACAAUGUCUCUCACUCAAAGUGAUUCAGCCUGAGCGUACACACAGGCCAACUGUCCUUUUUAUGAACACCAGAUUUGUGAUAAUGAGCAAGAAAACGUGGACUGGCUCUCUGGAGGCUCCUCCUUUUUCUUGGACAGCUGUGAGGGAUCAUGGAGAAAACUGUCCAUCAAAACUAUCAUUUUAGCAACCGGCUGUCCCCGCAAAAAAUCCAGAGUCACGACCUCCCAGCAUUCCACCCAGGAGGAGCGCACACCGCCGUCACCACAGGGAUAAAGAUGCCAAGAAAGAGCUGCCGCUUGUGUAGAGGAAGGUUCAAGCUGUAGGUGUAUCAGAUGGCAAUGACCUCAUAGGAGCACGGGGACAUCUCAGGGGAAAGAAGAAGGAACGCAGAACGUCUCAGAGUUUGGUUUAUAAAUCAAAUAUUCUCUUUAAUGUAACUGUUGGACUUAUUAGAGACUGCUGUACAUUUUAUAAAACACUCGUUGAAAUCAGUGUCAUGAAUUUACUCCACUGGCAAAAACUGCAUAUUAACCUAUGAUGAAACUAUCUGAGCACACAGCAGUGUGUGCACAUGUUUUAAACGCGUAUCUGAACACUCUAUAUUUAGUUUGCACUUUUUGUAGGGACAUAUAAGAUUUUCUCAUCUUACGUUAUGAAGCCACCCAGUCUCACAGAGAAAAAAAUUGAUAUCUAUUUUUUUGCAUACAUGGAUGUUUUUUGGUUUGCAAAACUUCAAACUAACGUAUUUCAACUGUAGGAAAGUUUUAUGCCUACAGUAAAAUGUAUUUUUAAUGUGUAAGCCACCUCGGAGGCAACCAAGAAAACCGCGCUUUUCAAAAAGUGGCAGCUGUUUUAUUAUAACCCAAACCAUGAAGUAGUUUCAUACGCCAAACCAAAGAAAUCACAUUCAACACUCCUGCCACCAAACAGAGACUUUGUUGGCUGUUACACCUAAAAAAAACCUACAUUUACCUAGAUAUGAGUUAAGGUUGAUAAAUAAACAAACUGUAUUUAAGUAGGUGAGAAAAUAGGAUGAAAUUUGUGUCCAUAAACAGAAUUCUAUAUAUUAUUUUAGACACUGUUGUGAGACUGUUUACUGGAUCUUCCAAACAUGAUCAGGUCAGUGUUAAACUCCACUUACACCCAUCAGAACUGUAAAAUUAUUUAAAUGUGCUGUAUUAUAUUGUUGUAAUCAUAAGAAUUACCAAAUUGUCAUUUUACGUCCUGAACCACAUCCAUCCUCAGUUUUACCAAUUACAAUUGAACACACAUUGUUGGUGAACAUGACAACAGAAUAUGAACACGAUCAUAGAGGAGAAGUAAAAAAUAUGUAGCUUCAUAUGUUAAAGUUAUUACACCGGUUAUUACAGUGGAAUAAAGCCAUUGGAGCCAAGUGUUAGCCAGUGUUUCUGUUGAUGUUCAGCUGUACAACUGAUAUUUCUUAUGAACGAGCAUGUAGCAAAUGAAUGAAGCAUUUUCCACACUGUAUUUAUGCAGAUCUGUAGUUUUCUUGAUGCUGUGUCUUGGUACAAUGCUCUGUGUUGCCACUGUGUGAUCGCAUCCCAGAGCAAUAUUUUUUCUACCAGAUUUUUUUUUUCAUAAAAAUGUAU